GUGCACUCUGACUGGUCGAUGCUGGACAUUGGCUCCGCCUUGCGCGAAUUUUUGAAAACUGCCUUGUGAAGGAAGAAAUAUCUGAGAGUCCGAGGAAGCGAAGAGGAAAACAGAGACAUGGCGCCGCGGAAACGAACCACCAGACAACGGAAAAACAAUCCAAAAUCAGCGAAACUCGAAGGGUUCUUGGAGGAUUUCGACAGCGAAGUGAAGGGCACUGUUGAACAACUGAAGGAAAAGAUCAACCAGCUGCUGCAAGAUGUUAACAACUGCUACAACAUGGCACUGAUCAAACUCCCCAAAGCUGUCAGACUGAUGCCCUGGGUGGAGUACUGCAAGCCUGAGAAACCAAAGACACCAGAGGUGGACGCUUCCAAGAGGCAGGAGGAAGCUGCUAUUGUUGAGAGUGUUGUGGCUGAAGACCACGCAGUCCUCCUGAAAUCAGUGAAGAAGACUGUGAAGAAAAAGACUGUAGCCAAGUCUGGGCCAGAGGAUGAAAACAGUCCUGGAACAUCAAGAAAGGGGAGAGCCACAAAGAGACCCCCGACCACAUCCAAGAAAGCGAGGGCCCUGACAGUCACCAAGCAGGAUAACCCCCUCAGACGAUCAAACAGGAAGCUGUUGGUGACGCCCGCUCGCUCUAUAAUGGAUUCUUCUCUGAUCAUGGGAGCCACUCCUCUCAUCACCCCACGCUUCGACCCCAGACUUCCUAAGACCCCUGCCGUGAGAGUUCCUCGCCACAAAGAGAGGGUCUACAGCAUUUCAGUCAAUGGUUCUCCCAUCGCGGCGGGAGACCAGGACAUCAUCGUCAACGUCCCCAUCGGUAACGGAGAGAGCAUUCAGCUGUUGGGGAGUCAGAUGGACUCAGUGGACCUGUCACAGCUUGAUGAAACUGCUCUGAAGAGCAUCCGUCUGCUGCAGAAUCGUCUCACAACACUGUGUGGGAUUCCAGAGUGACCUCAUCACCAUCCACUGCUGUGUCUCCAGUCACAUGAUGAUGUGUUUUUUUAUCUAGAUAUCUUUUAUUUGUAAGGGUUUGGGUCAGAGCUGAUCUGUUCUGCCUUUGCAGUUUUUAUAAAACUUUGAUGUACUGUUGAAUCUUUUGUAAAUACACUCUUAUCCUGCGUAUUUUUCCCUAAGUGUUCCUGUGUUUUUUAGCUGGUAUUUUAUGAUUUUAGUGGCCACUAGGUGGUAGCAUUGCUCCGCUGAAAGUCGUCACCAUCGGGUUUACUUGGUGGUCAAACCAUCCCGACAUACUUCCGAGAGGUCAAUCCAUGUAUCGUUUAAUAUGUACAUGUUAACUAAAAUUGUCUCAAAAAAUUAAA